UCAUUGAGGCUCAAAGCGGGAGAAAAUGGAAGUGAAAAGUGUGUUUGUUACGGGGGCCAAUAGGGGCAUUGGUCUGGAAUUCGUGAGGCAACUGGUGGCUCUUCCAAAUCCUCCGCGUUAUGUUUUUGCUACCUACAGGAAUCCAGACACAAUUCAGGCUCUGAAAGACAUUAAAAGCUCUUCGAAGAAUACGGAAGUAGUUUUAAUCCAAAUGGAUGUCACGAAACUGGAAAUGGGAGCUGCUCGAAAAAUUGUGGAAGACCAUGUAGGAGAAGAUGGACUUAAUCUUCUCAUUAACAAUGCCGGAGUAGCAGAAGUGCAGCCUUUUCCUAACGUAACAACAGAUAACUUACUGAAACACUUCAACGUCAAUACAGUGGGGCCUAUAAUGAUUUUUCAAGACUUGUAUCCUACUCUUCUAAAAGCUGCGGAACAUAGAGAUAGUAGUUCUGGAAUGAGUGUAAACAGAGCAAUGGUCCUUAACAUAACUUCCAUGGCUGGCAGCAUCACUAGAGCCGGAAAGGAAUUUGUUCAAGACCUGGCAGUACCAGGAUACAAAAUCAGCAAGGCUGGUUUGAACAUGGCCAUGCGCUGUUUCGCAGCCAAUGUAAAAGAUAAAGGCAUUCUAGUUGUCAUGAUGUGCCCUGGAUGGGUAAAAACUGACAUGGGCUCUGAAAGAGGUGAAAUUACAGUGGAAGAAAGUAUUUCUACUAUGUUCCAAACUCUUCCAAAACUAAACGACACGCAUCAAGGAUUGUAUAUGGACCGAUUUGGAAACGGAUAUCCGUUCUGAGAAUUUACAAGUCAGCGAUAAACACUACCAGCAUUAAAGACUUCCUUGAGUCCACCAUACAUUUCUAUGCAUUAACAUACUAAAAUUAUAACUUUUUAACCCCUAAUAUAUAAGCAACAUUUUGAAUUAGAUAACUAUUUUUAUUAAGCAGCUUAGAAAUAAGCGUAACAAAAAUUUCGAUUGAGUUUUCAGAUUCUCAUUUGUCAAAAUCUAGUUCUCGAAUAGUCUUUUACUUUAUGAAUCACGUUGUACUGUCUAUGCAAAACUCUAAUCAUUACAAUAUCAUGAAUAA